AUGUCGGCUCAGCCAUCUCCCAUCCCUACCAAGCUGCUGUCAUCUCACAAAGGGGAAGUUGCUGUCUUUUUUUCGGUGGAGGAUAUCUCCAAGCUUGCGUCGCCAUUUCGGCUUUCUCUGGUUGGCAAAUUUUCUCGGGGUCGCCCCAAACUGGAGGACAUCAAGAAAUUUGUUCGCUCCCUGGACUUGAAGGAUUCAUACAUGGUAGGCCAUAUGGAUGCACGUCAUGUUCUCAUCCACUGCUCAUCUGAGUCGGACUUCCAUCGCCUCUGGUUGAGAGGUAUUUGGUACGUGGGUAAAUUUCCCAUGAGGGUCUUCAAGUGGUCCUCUUCCUUCCACGUGAACAGAGAGUCGUCGUUGGCUCCAAUUUGGUUUUCCCUCCCAGGCCUGCCGGUCCAUUUCUUCAACAAACACUCUCUCUUUUCUGUCGUUCAGGCCGUGGGGGAGCCUUUAUUUCUUGGCGCUGCAACUGUGAAUCUAACCCGACCGAGCAUUGCUCGCAUUUGCGUCGAAGUCGAUCUUCUCCACCUCGUCCCAUCUUGGGUGUGGAUUGGAGUGGAGAACUCCAGUGAGGGCUUUUGGCAGUCACUGGAGGCAGAAUAUGUUCCUCAAUAUUGUACCAACUGCUGGCACUUGGGCCACGCCAAUAGUCAAUGCCAAAAGGCUGAUCUGGGUGGUCCUAUGGCUCGCGUGAAGGACACCAGGAGUGCUGCGGAGGUGCAGGUAGGAGUUGUGGGUAUGGCUACACUGACGCAACACCUGGGAGACCCAAUUCCCGCUGCUACCCAUGGACAGGUUGAUGGUCCUGUGGCUCACGUGAAGGACACCAGAGAGGGUGCGGAGGUGCAGGUAGGGGGUGUGGGUGCGGCGCCGUUGCGUGGCCCAAUUGCCGUUGCUACCCAUGGAUAG